AUGGAGAGGUCGGAGCUGGAGCAUGACUUCUUAGACAAUGCCAAAAGUUUCAAUUGGCCGGCUGUCAAAGAGAUGUUGGAGGCGACACCAGAUUUGAUCAAUGUCCAGCCUUCAAUGCGAUGGACGGCUCUACAUCAGGCGGCUUUUGAUGGGAACAAGGAUAUUGCGACGUACCUCUUGGAACAAGGUGCCGACCCUCUUGCGCAGACCCGCUCGGGCCAAACUCCCCUAGAAGUUGCCAAAAACGAGGCAGUGCGCAGAGCCAUUGCGGAGCAGAUCAAAGAAUCCGAGGAAGCUGACGAGCCGCCUAAGAAGAAGGCCAAGAAGAUGCCAAACUACAAGAUGAAUAUCAACAGCGCGGUCGACAAGGAGUAUGAGGGGAGUAGCCUCGAAGACAUUGUUGCAGCGCCGACAUCAGCUCUGCAAGGCCUUGCACUAAAGGGCAGGGAUGUCCUGAAGAAGUUCAAAGUCCACACCAUCGGUGAUUUGGGGAAGUGGAAGUUCUACCGCAUCUCCAAGGCCAUCCUCGGCCUGGCAUCUCUGGAGCAAACAGAUAAGCGGGAAGAAGGCGCAGCAUUGAACAUCAACAAGGCCAUGGACAAAAAGCAUGAGUGCAAGUCGCUGAAGGAAAUUCUGGAGCUUCCACCCUCAGCGCUGCAGGGCCUUGCCGGAUGGGCGGAUGCAGAGCUGGCGAAGGUCGGCGUCACCACCAUUGCUAAGCUAGGUGACUGGAAGUACGCGAAGUGGUCCGAAUGGAUUUCCGAGCUUUCCAGCUUUGAAAACACAGACUUCUCUAGCCUUUGA